AUGUUCAACAGAGAUAUUGAUGCUGAUGUCCUCCUUUAUCAGGGAAGCUCCUUUUUGCAGUGGCUACAUUUAAUGCAGAUUCCCACAAGUCAAAAAGUGGAAAUAACUGAUUGUGGACGAUUUGGCCCUAAACUGGAUAUCUGUAAUAAUACUACCUCCAAGGCUCGGGCCAAUACAGCAGAGGAGAGGGUAGAAAGCAUUCCUCGUUUCUUGUCAGGGGUGAAAGCCUGUCUGCACAGCAAAGUACGUGAACAGGAAGAAAAGUAUGAAGUUCCUGGAGGUCCACAGAGGAGCAGGCUCAACAGAGAGCAACUGUUGCCAAAGCUGUUUGAAGGCUGCUACUUCUUUUUGGUGGGAAACUUCAAACAUCAUCCAAAGGACGACCUCCUUAAGCUCAUUGCUGCAGCAGGAGGCAAGAUGCUCAGUAGAAAGCCCAAGCCAGACAAUGAUGUGACUCAGACCAUCAACACAGUUGCAUACCAUGCCAAACCUGAUUCUGACCAGCGCUUCUAUACCCAAUACAUCGUCUAUGAAGAUCUGUUUAAUUGUCGCCCAGAAAGGGUUCGGCAGGGCAAAGUCUGGAUGGCUCCCUCCACCUGGCUUAUCAGCUGUAUAAUGGCCUUUGAAUUGCUGCCUCUUGACAGCUGAGUGUCAUGCAUGAACAUUUUAAGCUGAACAUGCAUAGUUUAUGAGAAUGCAGCCAUUGUGAUGUGUUUGAUGAUUCGAGUUUUUAUGGAUAGGUAGAACCACUGUAUUUUCCCCCUUUGAAUUGCUAAAUAAAACAAUUGAUGCUAGAUUAGGGAUUCAUUUAGAUGCCAAAAUUGCUUUCAGGAUUUUGUAUUCUCUUGAGGUUAGGGCUGUAUAGUCUUCAUGAACCAUGCAUGAGGCAUGGGGUUCCACACUGGGAACUGCAAGGAAGUUUUCAUUUUACAAGUGGCCUCUGAUUUUGGAUUGAUCAUGUUGUCUUUCAGUUUUAUCAUCAUCUAUCAAAGAUUAAUAAUUAGUGAGAUGACAUCAGAACUACUUGUUAAAUGGUAAGUGGUCUAUCAUUAACAUAGCAUCUUUUAGUUAACGCUAUCAUCAGAUGAUUUAUCCUGCCUUUGUUAUAAUGAUAAUAGAGCAUCUAUCUAAGUUUGCCACUAUAGUUUAAAAGUUCUAUUUGCAGUUAUCUUUUUCUUACAUUGUAUUUUAGUUUCUUAUAUUUUCUUGGCCUUCAUGUUUAUUCAUUUUUAAAAUCUGUGUACACAUUAGGAAAUCAUGAUUUGAAACACUGGAUGUUAGUGGCAAAAUCAUCAGUAUGCUUGUGUGCAUGCUUUUAUUGUGCACAUUUGCUGUCUGUCUACUGUGCAUUUGUGCACACCUCUUCUCCGUAACUUAUUUUAGUGUCAGUGUUUCUUAGAAGGUCUUGCCAGUUUAGAAAACUCAACGUCAAUUCAUUAGAUUAGAAGAAGCAUUUCGUUUAUGGUAAAUCUUUCUGAACUAAAGUCUCUGUAAGGAUUAAUCCCCUCCCCCUUCCUUCUUUCUUUCCUUCCUUCCUUCCUUCCUUCCUUCCUUCCUUCCUUCCUUCCUUCCUUCCUUCCUUCCUUCCUUCCCUUUCCUCCUUUUCUCCUUCCUUCCUUUUAUUUGUGAUGCUGGGUAUGGAAGUCAGGAUCUUAUGCAUGCUGGGUAGUUACCUACCACAAAACUAUCCUCAGACCAGGUUUGAUCUUUCCUCCUCUUCCUCUUCUUCUUCCUCCUCCUCUUCUUCUUUUGGUGGGUGAGGGUUGGAGUGGGGGCCUUGUACAGGCCAGGAAACUGAGCUACACUCCCAACCCUGUAUUUAUUUUGAGACAGACUUACCAAGUUAUCCAAGUUGCCCUUGAAUUCACUCAGUUUUAAUUUCUUUAUAAAGUUUUUAGGUUGAUGAGUGUGCAAAAGUUGGAGAUGGAUUGAUUCCUAACAUUUUCACCAUAUCCUAUACUCAGGCCAUAGAAGUAAAUAUUGAGGUAUGAAUGAGAAGAGCUUCCUCUCGAUAUGGAAGCAGCCAAGGCAGAGAAAAAGGGAGGGCACUGUGUGAGCAUGUGCACACUGGCAGCGUAUCCUCUCUAUCCUGCAUGUCCUCAUUGAGAGUAGACAGGAUCUAUAUUCAGCUUCACUGAGUAGGAUUAAGAUAUUGCAGACACAGUGUUUCCAUAGGGUGGCUCUUCAGUGCGUCAGCGGGGCUGCUUCGGAGAGGUAAGGACUGAGUUCAUGUAGGAGACACUUUGGCCUGUUUGCUGGACUUAAAGUCACACAGCGGAGCCAUCCAUUCCCAUCAGUGCCUUGGGAUGACUCGUUGUGCUGCCCUGCCGUUUGCUUUGGAGCUGCUCAUCCUGUCUCGCCUACCAUCCUUCUAGCUCCUUAAUGCCUUUCCUUUCCACGCGGCCUCCUGCUUCCCAGAACUGGCAUCAGCCUCUGAUUGCAAUAGAUCCACUUUUGAAAUAGCUGCGUAACUGUUGGACCAUUACUCUCCAGGUAGAGUUCCCCAUUGGUCACUCUAGCUACGGCAUCCAGAGUUGGUUUAUGUUAAGCUUUAGUACUUGAUGUUGUUCUUCCUUCUCUACAAACGCUUAUAAUUUUUAUUUUUCCCUAAUGGAGUUAAACUUGACUCUUAUUUAGCAUAAAUCAUUAAAAUUAUUUGUGCUUG